AUGCAUGAGGAGGCAAAUGUGCAUAAUGGAGAGUGUAGUGUGUCUGCUAGAGAGAAGAGGUCAAGAAAAAGGAAAAAAGUAGUGGAGGAAGACAAUCAGUUCGUGGGGAUGUUGUCGUCCUUCUGCAAGGAGACUGCGAAGAACAUAUCGGACAUGGUAGUGAGGGUCGGUCAUGCCCACGAUGCGACCAAAAGACGUGGCAAGGUGUACGAGGUCUUAAAUGGUAUGCCCAACCUAACCAUGGAAGAAAAGCUACUAACCACCAAAUACCUUUGCAAUAAGACUGAAGAGCUAGACAUGUUUUUUAGCCUUGAUGACGAUGCGCGGGUGAAAAUGGUUCAAAUGAUUGUCGAAAAUAGGUUUUAG